AUGGCGGAAGAGAAUUGUGAGCGUCUUGUUGCACUAGAAGUGGAGUUACUGGAUGAGAUGGAGGCGAACGACAUGGAGAUAUUGAUUCUGGAGAGUGGCCUUGAGGCUGUGUUCACGACAGCGGCUGAGGCUCAAGUGGAGCUGGAGAGUGUGAGUCUAAUGGCCGCCAAGCCCAUUCGUGCUGGUCACUCACCACCUGCCAAAAUUCAGGGGACUGGUGGUGGCGGCGAUGUCGCAGCUGGCGUGCGACGAACCUAA